UAAUUGAGUCGUUGAUCGAACCUCCACUCAGGCGGUAGUGGAACGGUAGUUGCAUUUAAAGGAUAUUAGAAACAAUUCAAAAAAAAUGACUGCGGAUAUAGAAAAGGGACCUAUUUUGGGCCAACGACACCUGCAGGUGUUCCUGCUCUUCCUUGCCAUUACCGUGAAUUAUAUUGCUAAAUUUAAUGCUGGAGUAGCGGUGGUUGCCAUGACAAAUGCAGAAACAACAAAUCCAGAUUUUCCGGAAUACGAUUGGAAUGAAAUGGAAAAAUCCUACAUCCUGUCGAGUUUCUUUUGGGGUUACUUUGUGACACAAUUUCCCGGUGGCUAUUUGUGUCGGCGAUUUGGUGCCAAAGUGACAAUGUUCGUUUCGACGUUGGGCUCCGCCUUGGGGGCUCUGCUUAUACCAUUCACCGUGGACUGGGGUGGCUGGCAGGUGUAUUGUGGCAUUCGUGUUGUACAGGGUCUAUUCCAAGGACUGCUAUUUCCCUGUAUUCAUGCUCACCUGGCCGCCUGGUGUCCGGUGAGCGAAAGAAAUCGUUUGGGAGCCCUAGCCAAUACGGGCAUUGAGUGUGGCACUGUCCUGGCAAUGUUUUUAAGUGGCAUCAUAGCUGCCUCCAGCAUGGGAUGGCCGGGUAUUUCUUAUAUAUCCUGCGGUGUUGGUGUUGUAUGGUGUAUUUUGUGGAUUGUAUUUGCCGCCAAUAGCCCCAGCGAAUCGAAAUUAAUUUCCGAAGCCGAAUGCAAUUACAUUGAAAGUUCCAAGAAUGCCCUGAAGGAGGUGGAUGCACGUGACACACCGAAAAAGAUUCCUGUGCCAUGGGCGGCUAUUAUGAGCUCAUGGCCGUUCUGGGCGUUGCUGGUUGCCAGAUCUGCCCAAUCGUGGGGUUUCUCAACGCUACAAGCUGAGAUUCCUUCCUAUAUGAAUGGUGUCCUGGGCAUGGAUAUGAAGAGUAAUGCCUUGUUUUCGGCCCUACCCUAUUUUGCCAUGUGGUGUAUGUCGUACAUCUAUUUGAUUUUAUCGGAUGUUUUAUUGCAAAAGGAAAUUUUGAGCCUAAAUGGAAUUAGGAAAACUUUCAACUCCUUGGCAUUUUGGGUACCAGCAGUUGGUCUAAUAGCUGUGGGAUUUGUGGGCGAAAGCCAACAAACAUUGGCCAUUGUUUUGAUGACAGCUAAUGUGGGUAUCAAUGCGGGUUCCACCAUUGGUAGUGCCUUGAACACCAUUGAUUUGUCGCCCAAUCAUGCUGGCAUUCUAAUGGGUAUUGUCAAUACAUCGGCCAAUAUUAUACCAAUUUUGACACCGCUGCUGGUGGGAUUGAUUGUGAAGAAUGAGGAGGAUCGCACAGAAUGGCAAAUAGUCUUUGCCAUUUCGGCCAUUGUCUUUGGUUUGGGCAACUUGUUCUACAUUGUCUUUGGAUCCACAAAACUGCAGCCAUGGGAUGAUGAAAAUUUCCUCCUUUCGAAAGAUAUACAAAAUGAAGACUGUGUUGAUAACAAAUCGACGGAAACGAAAGAAAAGUAUUAAAUUAUUUAUUAUUUAAGAUUAUAUUAGACAUAUAAGUCAUAUGAUAUGUUAAAGUAUUAUAAGUAGUUUUUAGAUAUACGGCUUUUUAUUUUAUUAAACAACAACAAGUAAAAAAGCAGUAAAUUCGGCCGGGCCGAACUUUGAAUACCCUCCACCAUUUGAAACUAAUUUGAAAAUUUUCAAAAAAAUAAAUUCCAUUAAAAAUUCAGUUAAAA